UCUUUGUCUCUUGAACCCAGAAACAAACCCCUACUAUUAUCUAAAUAAAACAGCUCCUUUUUGCACUUCGAUUGCUGCAGAAAUCCGUGUACAAAAACUAUUGUUUUGUCGCUUUCCAAAGGACAGUUCAGUGGUUGAUCUUGCUAGUACAAAAGCAAGAUCAACAAGGCGCUUCAUUGUAUCCUACGGGCAUUUCGGGUUACUUCUUUUGCAUGCCAGAUCUGGUGGGGGCGAAAUUAGCCUAAAGGAAAGUGGCAUUUGCAACACGCCUUGAAGCCAUUUGCAGAUUUUCUACCCUAUUUCUUCAACAAUCUUUAGGCUAAUUUUCUGUUCUGCAAUUAUGGCUGCAACUUUGCAUGAGAUGGCUACUAAUUUCUAGAAGUUAGAUCGCUUUGAUGGGGGCAACUUUAUUCGAUGGCAACGCAAGAUGCACAUCCUUCUCACAACUCUCAACAUCGUUUAUGUUCUCACUGAUGCUCGACCAGAGGAAAAUGAGAAUGAAACUUUGCAAGAUACAAGGAAAAGAAAAAAGUGGGAGAAUGAUGAUUAUGUCUGCAGGGGCUGCAUCUUAAAUGGAACUUCAAGCAAGCCCAAAAAGCCUUUCAAGAAGAAGGAGUAUUCUGUCAAGCAAAAUCAGAAAUUUAAGAAGCAAAAGGGUGCAUGUUUCCAUUGUGGAAAAACUAGACACUUCCAAAGGGAGUGUUAUUUUCUCAAGAAGAAAAGGAAAGCACCAGCAUUAGCACAUGAAAAAUUCAUUGCUGUGAUUUCUGAAAUUAAUCUCAUGGAAGAUGACACUGCUUGGUGGAUAGAUUCUGGUGCUACAAAGCAUGUUUGCAAGGACAAAAGUUUAUUCAAGACUUUAAAACUAGAACCUGAAGGAAAUGUGCUGUAUGUGGGAAAUUCUGCAGCAGUACAAGUGAAAGGCAAAGGAACCGUGGACCUUGAGUUCACUUCUGGAAAAGUUCUCACUCUCACUGAUGUGCAUUAUGUGCCAGAUAUAAGAAAAAAUCUAGUUUCAGCAAGCUUGUUGAACAAAUUUGGUUUUAAACUUGUAUUUGAGGCAGAGAAAUUUAUUCUGUCUAAGGGUGGGAUUUUUGUAGGAAAAGGUUAUGCUUAUGAGGGCAUGUUCAAGAUGAACAUUAAUUAUAAUAUUAAUAAUAAGGGUGUUGUUUCUGCUUAUAUUCUUGACUCAUUUAAUUUAUGGCAUCAUAGAUUAGGACAUGUUAAUUUCAAGAAGAUGUAUGAGAUGUCUAAAUUAGAACUAAUUCCUACCUUACCUAAAAAUGAAUCACAAUGCAAGACAUGUAGGCUUACUAAGAUUACUAGAAUACCUUUUCCUAAGAUUGAAAGAGUUUCUAAAUUGCUUGAUCUUGUGCAUAGUGAUGUUUGUGACAUGCAUAGUACUCCUUCUAUUGGUGGCAAGAAAUAUUAUGUUCCUUUUAUUGAUGAUUAUUCAAAAUUCUGUUAUGUUUACUUGUUAAAUACAAAAGAUGAAGCAAUGGAAAAAUUCAAAGUUUAUAAAGUAGAAGUGGAAUUGCAAACUGAGACAUUUAUCAAAUGUCUAAGAACUGAUAGAGGUGGGGAAUAUUAUGAUCCAUCUUACUUUGAAUCCACUGGAAUUAUCCAUGAGAUAACAGCCCCAUACACACCACAACAAAAUGGUGUGGCAAAACGUAAGAAUAGAGUUUUAACUGAAAUGGUGAAUGCCAUGUUAUCAAAUUCUGGUUUAAGUCCAGGUUUUUGGGGUGAAGCAUUGCUAACAGCAUGCCAUAUAUUGAAUAGGGUGCCUACUAAAAAAGGCCAACUUAUCCCAUAUGAACUUUGGAAGAAAAGAAAACCAAACCUUAACUAUUUAAGAGUUUGGGGGUGUAAAGCAAUUGUAAGAGUACCUGAACCCAAAAGGAAAAAAUUAGGUGAAAGAGGAAUUGAAUGUAUAUUUUUGGGGUAUGCAAAAAAUAGUAAGGCAUACCGGUUUAUGGUCAUUGAACCAAAUGAUUCAAUUAAUGUCAAUACCAUAAUUGAAUCAAGAGAUGCUAUUUUUGAAGAUAGCAGAGUUAAUUCAAUUCCUAGACCUAAAGAAGCAAUUACUGAAAGUUCAGAACAAAGAAUAGAAGACAACUUGGAAGAAAACAAGUUGGAAGAAAACAUUGAAGUUAGAAGAAGCAAAAGAGCUAGAAAAGCAAGAACAUAUAGUCCAGAAUUUUACAUGUUUCUUAUUGAAGGAACAAGAGAAAAGACAAGAAAAGCAACUAAAUUUUGUUAUAAUAUAGAAGCUGAUCCUGUGACAUUUGAAGAAGCAAUUAAGUCACAAGAUUCAGCUUUUUGGAAGGAAGCCAUAGAUGAGGAAAUGAGUUCCAUAAUGGGGAAUAACACAUGGAUUUUAGUGGAUCUUCCACCAGAUGAAGAAGUAUACAUGGAGCAACCAGAAGGGUUUGUGAUGCCUGGUCAAGAAAAAAAAGUUUGCAAGCUUAUAAAAUCCUUGUAUGGACUUAAGCAAGCUCCUAAACAAUGGCAUCAAAAAUUUGAUGAAGUGGUGCUUGCUAAUGGCUUCAAAUUAAAUGAAGCAGAUAAAUGUGUUUAUAGCAAGUUUAAAAAUGGACAAGGUGUUCUUAUAUGCCUAUAUGUAGAUGACAUGCUCAUCUUUGGUACCAACAUAGAACAAGUUGAAGAAACCAAAAGGUUCUUGUCUAGAAACUUUUCCAUGAAAGAUAUGGGUGCUGUUGAUGUGAUUUUCGGAAUAAAAAUUCAUAGAGAUGGUGAUAAUUUAAUCCUUUCUCAGUCCCAUUAUAUAGAAAAAGUCUUGAAGAAAUUUAAUUUUUAUGAUUGUGCAAUUGUUUCUACACCUUUUGAUCCUAAUGUAAGGUUAACAUCUAAUGAUGGAAAACCAAUUGCACAAUUAGAAUAUUCAAGAGUGAUUGGAUGCUUGAUGUAUGCAAUGAUUUGCACAAGACCAAAUAUAGCAUACGCUGUUGGGAAACUUAGUAGAUACACAAGUAAUCCCAAUUCUUUACAUUGGCAAGGAAUACAUAGAGUCUUGAAAUAUCUCAAGAAAACUAUGUAUUAUGGCAUUUGCUAUAAUGGUUAUCCUUCUGUACUAGAAGGCUUUACGGAUGCUAGUUGGAUCACGGAUCAUGAGGAUCAUAAAUCCACAACUGGAUGGAUUUUCAUGCUUGGUGGGGGUGCUGUUUCUUGGGGAUCCAAGAAGCAAACUUGCAUAACAGAUUCCACCAUGGCAGCUGAGUUUAUUGCCUUAAACUCUGCAUGUAAAGAAGUGGCACUUUUGAUGGGAUCUACCUAUAUGAGUGGAAGUGGUGCCGCUUCUAGGAGUUGGGGACUUGACUCUAAUAGCACUCAUGAAAAGGAUACAUGACACAUGGCCAGUUUUUGUGUCGAUGGAUGCUGAAUUCCUUCUUUGGAAAGCUUGAAGUCUUGUGUGUGACAUGUGCCCAAUUAAUCACUUAGAAUCAC